UCCUUCUUCUUUCAGACUCCCCAGGAUGAGCAUCCAGUCCCCACCCACGCUGCUGGAGCUGGCAGGGCGCAGCCUGCUGAGCGACAAGUCCAGGGCCAUCCUGGAUCUGGAGGACCUGCCCAUAGAGCUCUUCCCACCACUCUUUGUGGAGAGGGCUCCACGGAACUUCUGGAGGACUUGGUCUGGAGCCAUGGUCGAUGCCUCCUCACCAGAGGGCAUGAAGAAGAAUCGAACAUUGAAACUUGGUUCAGCAAUGGCAGCUAAGCUGCCCUUGAAGAUAUUCAUAGACUUGUGCCUCACAGAAGGGCCCCUGAAUGAAUUCCUGACUCUCUUGUUCCUGUGGGUCACACAGAGAAGGGACAGGCUGCACCUGUGUUGCAAGAGGCUGAAGAUCUUUGGGGAACCCACCUGCCACACCAGGAAGGUCCUGAGACUACUGCAGCUGGACUCUGUGCAGAAGGUGGAAGUGCACUGCACCUGGGUGCCCUCUACCUUGGUUGCUUGUGCGCCUUUCUUGGGCCAGAUGAAGAACCUGAGGAAGCUGCUUGUCUCCCAGGUCUGCGUACCUGCCCACACCUCCCCAGAGGAGCAGAAGCGGCUGCUCGCCAAGCUCACUUCGCAGUUCCUCAGGAUGGACUGCCUGAGGAAGUUCUGUGUGGAUGCUGUCCUCCUCCUCGAGGGCCACCUGGAGCAGGUGCUGGGGCACCUGAAGACACCUCUGGAGACCCUCUCAAUAUCCAACUGCCCACUCUCAGAUUUGGAUUGGAAUUAUCUUUCCCGAUGCCCAAAUACCAGCCAGCUCAGAUGCCUGGAUCUAAGGGGCAUCAAACUGACCAAUUUUAGUCUGGAGCCCCUCAAAAUUCUGCUGGAGACUGUUGCAGCCACCCUGAAUAGCCUGGACUUGGAAGACUGUGAGAUCACAGACUCCCAGCUCCAAGCCAUCCUUCCUGCCCUGAGCCGCUGCUCACAGCUCAGGGCCUUGUGCUUUUUCCAGAAUCGCAUCUCCAUGUCAGUCCUCAGGGACCUGCUCUGUCACACUGCCACGCUGAGCAAGUUGUGUGUAGAGCUAUACCCUGCCCCUCUGGAGAGCUAUGAUGCCCAGGGUGCCAUCCACCCAGGGAGAUGUUCCCAACUCUGUGCUGAGCUCACAGAACUUUUGAAGGACUUUAGGCAGCCACAGGUCCUUAUUUUCUAUACUUUGCCCUGUCCUCAAUGUGGCCACAUGUUCAUCUACAACCGGGGCCUCAAUCACUGUUUCUGUCCAACAGCUGCCUAGUUGAGUGUGUAUGAAAAGCUGCCCUCUACGCAACUGGAUAUAUAACCAGGAUGUAGAGAGAUCAUGAAGGAAACUCAGAGCCCAGCAUUUCAGACACUGUCUGAAGUGUGGAUGGGGAAAGGAAUCAGAUGCUGGGGGCUACAUUGGGAGGAAGCCCCUAAAGAUUGGAACCUCUGUAUAGAGCCAUAUGUGUCUGUAUAGAGUCAUCACAAGGGGCCUGGAUUUUUAGAAUGGGAUUUAGGCUUCAUGCACACAUGAAGAAACUAUUUUGUUUCAUGGAUGGUGCAUAAAUAAAUAGUCUGAAAUGAACGGAA